CUGGCCUUUCCAACGGUUGCGUGAACCUCGUCCUGCCUGCACCCUUUCCUCGACCCGCCUGCGUGGCGCAACGCCGUGGCUCUGCAGAUCGAACCAAGUCGCAAGGCGCCCAAGAGCAAUCACGUAGCCCAGCAAUGGACCAGCCGCAGCGUCUGCGCUGACGACCACUGCCUGCUCGAGCUCGUCGCAGGAGGCAAGCCUCUACGGGGCAUUAUUGUCGUCGAACACUCAUUCCACGGGGCUUGGUUAUGGCCCCGCAGCUCAUUCGCACCGUCGCCGUGUACAGACAUGCUUCGUUCUCAAGGUUACAGCAGGCGCACGACGUCGUUGGAAUCGCUCUGCUCGGCGCACGCAAGAGGUCGGAGCCAGCGCCACGCACGGCAACGCCAAGCCCCUGAUGUUUGGCCCACGGACCCUUCAGGAUGCAACGUGUGGGACUGAGCGCCGCCGUUGUAACAUCCGCCAAGCCGAGGCGAGGCGACAACGAUAUGCUGCGACACGCGGGAAGGGCCAUAGAAACCGGCAGUUGACGGAUGACUUCAAGUUUGCACCGAGCAACGGCCUCGGAUCGCACUCGCCGUUGUGCCACGUACUGCACAAGCAAGCGCAUGAGCAUGAGCAUGAAGGCGACCACAAUAAGCUACGCCCCGCGCGUGACCAAGUGGUGGACGCAGCUCGCACUCAUCAACUUUGUCAUCUUCAUCGCCGAGUCGUCGCGGGGGAUCGUCAUGCCGACGCUCUUCCUCUACUGCCAGUCGCUCGGUGGCGGCCUCUACGAGAUGGGUCUCUUGACCUCCGUCUACAGCGUCGGCCGCCUCAUUUCAUCGACCGUCUUUGGCUACCUCUGCGACAAGUACUCGUUCCGCGCCGUGUACAUUGCGUCGGCACUCAUUGGCCUCGCCGGCAACUUCGUCUACUUUGUCCCGAGCACGCGCGCGCUCAUCAUCAGCCGCUUCUUCGUCGGCGUGAGCUCCGGUAACCUCAGCGUGUGUCGGUCCAACGUCGCGGCUAUGACGACCGUUGGCGUUCGGCUCAAGUACCUCACGAUCCUCGCGAUCUCGGUGUACUUUGGGUACGCCCUCACGCCCGGCCUCGACGGCUUCAUGACGGGCAUCGACUACCACAUCUUGGGUCUUCCGCUCAACGAGCUCACGGCGCCAGGGCUGCUGCUCGUGCUCAUGAACUUGGUCACGGUCGUGCUCAUGGUUUUCAUCUACGACGACUCGAUCAGCGUCCACGACGCGCCGGAAGCCGCGGUCGACGCGACCAAGAAGAAGACGCCGUCGCCCAGCGACACCUUUGUGCUCUCGGACAAGCUCGUGUACGCCGGCGUCAUCCUCUUCAUCAUGCUCAACGUCGUCGCCCGCGGUGUGCUCUCGAUCUACGAGACGAUCAACGUGCCGCUCUUUGUGCAAGUGACUGGCGACUCGCACGACAAUGUGAUUGUCGCGGCCUCGACGUUCCAGUUCAACCUCGGUCUCCUCGGGCUGCUGGCGUACGUGGCCAUUGAGAUCUGGCACCACGUCGUCUCGGACGUCGUGCUGCUCGCCAUUGGGUUUGGCGGCCUCGGACUUGGCAACUUGAUCUUGGCGCUGCACGCGACUCCGACGUACACGGAGCUCUGGACUGGUGUCUUCUUCCUCUGGAGCGUCGGCAGUCCGAUCACGACCGCCGUCUGUGUCUCGGCCUUCUCCAAGAUCCUCGGCACGCGCCAGCAAGGCAAGUGGAUGGGCCUCCUGGGCUCAGCGGCCUCGGUCUCGCGCAUCAUCAUGCCGAUGCUGCCGGCAGCUUUUGCGACAUUUGCGCCUGUCUUUUGGAUGGACGUUGUGCUCUGUGUCCUCAGCAUCGCUAUGCUCAUCGCGUACGACGCUGCGGUGACGCGCGAGAAGACGACGGCCCGCGGCGAUGCGUUGCUCUGCCAGUCCACGCAGCCCGACUAUGCGAGCGUCGCCCACGCAUAGUUGGCGAUAGAAACACUGCCAUGUUUUUGUUUUGAGUCUUGAGAGGUGGAGUG